GCGACCACUCUAGCUGGAUAGCUUUUACUGUGGCAUGCCAUUCGGACGUAACUAGGAUCCAAUGCUGUACACCUGUGAUACCUGGCACUAGUGAAUGAGCAUGUCCCACGUGCUGUGUGUUAACUAAGCACUUAUCUGCACGUGCAUUACUAACCCCGUUAAUUGUGAUCUAGGUGCAGACACAUCUGGAAUAAUAAGGAGGGAGCUUGCAGGUGUGUGACAGGUGGCACAGACUAUGCCUACGGCGGCACAGCUACCGGGGACUUACUAGACCGCAUAGUACCGGGACAUAAGAGAGAAAGAGACGACACUGUGACUGCUUGUGCUUUCCAAGAGGGGUUGUGCCCAUAGCAUGGACUUUUCCGUUGUUCGGGGCAGUUAAUGUUACAUUUGAUAUCAACAUCCCUCACAACUGAAACAGGUGCGAGGCAGGUGUAGCUGUUUCAGGGCAGGAAUUCUAAGGUGGUCGGGACUGGGACCGAAUCAGUCGCCACGAAAGGAAGAAGCGGAUCUGCUAUCGAUGUGUGUGACACUGGCUGUUGUACUUCUUUGCCAAGGUUCUGAAGAGAGAGGAUACAGCGUACCGAGAGCCACUCCAGAUGACUUGUGGCAGUAGCAGAGAGGGAUGUCCCAGGUGUGUCUGCUCCCCGUCCUGCUUGGAUUAUUGUUCUCUCAGGGACUAACAGCUUCAGUUUUGGAUACUAUGUUAGAAAGUUGGAAAAACUUUAGUGAGCAGUGCCAGAAAACUAUGGCCAGAGACCCACCAGCCACAGGUCCGAUUUGCAGUCGCAUGUAUGAUAACUACUCCUGCUGGCCGGAUACUCCAGCGAACACUACUGCAAAUGUGUCAUGUCCCUGGUAUUUACCAUGGUAUAACAAAGUGAAGGAUGGAUAUGUUUUCAAAAACUGUAGCCCAGAUGGUCAGUGGGUGCUAGACAGUGAUGGCAACCCAUGGAGGGACAGCAGCCAAUGUGAACAUGAUGCAAUGGACAAAUUAAAUGAGGAAGCCUUCAUAAAGCUGUACCUUAUCUUAAGGAUAAUGCAUAUUGUUGGUUAUUCCCUCUCACUCGCUGCUCUCUUCCUAGCACUUCUCAUUUUGAUAGGUUUCAGGAAACUACAUUGUAUGAGGAACUACAUACACAUGAACCUGUUUGCUUCCUUCAUCCUUCGUGCCAUCUCCAUCCUCAUCAGUGAUGCAGUAAUCAACACGCAUCAUAAAAUCAAUGACUACAACAUCCAGGAAUUGCUGCAGAGGAAGGUUUCCAUAGGAUGUCGGGUGGCCAUGGUCCUCAUGCAGUACAGUGUGGUAGCUAGUUAUUACUGGUUGUUUGUAGAAGGUCUGUACCUGCUGAACCUUCUGGUGAUUGCAGUCUUCUCUGAGAAAAGUUACUUCAACAUUUACCUGUGCAUUGGAUGGGGGACUCCUGUGUUAGUUGUUGUACCAUGGGUUGUUGUGAAGUACCUGUAUGAGAACAGACAGUGCUGGAGUUAUAAUGACAACAUGGCAUACUGGUGGAUCAUUAGAGCCCCGAUUUUACUCGUAAUCUUGAUCAAUUUCUUCAUAUUUUUACGAAUUAUUCAGAUCCUUGUUUCCAAAUUGAAGGCACAUCAGAUGAGGUACACAGAUUACAAAUUUCGUCUGGCCAAAUCCACCCUGACGCUGAUACCCUUGCUAGGGAUUCAUGAGAUAGUGACAGUUUUUGUGUUUGAUGAGACAGCAAAAGGAAUGGUUCGACAUGCAAAACUCUUUUUUGAACUCUUUCUCAGUUCAUUUCAGGGACUUCUUGUGGCCAUCCUGUACUGCUUUGUCAACAAGGAGGUUCAGUCUGAACUGCUGAAAAAAUGGAAGCGCUGGAAGUUAGGCAAAGACAUUGAAGAGGAGUAUAAACACACACACAGUCAGACACCUCAUGUAAAAGUAGAGGGUGCUGGCUGUGAGAAACUCAACCUUAUUAGCAACUGUAACAAUGGUACUGGGAAAACCCGACAUACACUGCAAGAUGGCCCUCAUACCUGUGAAAACAUUGGCACAAGUACAACUGAACAAAUCACCCUCAGUGAGAGAACACAUUGCUAUGGAUUUCCUCAGGAGAUUGCAGAGAGCACUUUCUGACAGCUGUUUUAGCUCCUGGCUUAUUAUGAUUGUGUGCAAUGUCUAGGGAAUGGAGUCUGUGUAAUACAGUUUGCACAUUUCAGCUAAUACUUUGGACAAACAUUUAAUACUUUAAAAAGCCCUGCCUAUGUUAAAGCAUUUGAGUACUACAAGUACAAUGUUGUGCCAGUCUGGUUGCAGGAAUCCUAGCUGGAAGUACAGACCUUGGAUCCGGUGCUGGGAGUAUCUUCAAUGAGGCCAUAUACAGAUUUCUGCACAAUGAAAUCCAGGAGUGUGCCAACCAUUGCAAGCUCAUUGUGAUGUAACAGAUUGGGAAUCUUGUGCUGCAGGAUUGGGACACUGGCUAGUGCAACCAGAAGAUAGAUGGGAAGACAUUGUACCAGACAGCACUCAGGCAGCCCUUUGGCGUGUAGCAGUGCUCUGACUUUGGAAUGGAGGCCCUCCCCUUCCAUUUUACAUUUAAGACAAUGCUUCCUCCUCAGAUGCAAAAUCUGGUUGAACAUUGUUUCACUGUGUUUCUCCUGUGUCAGCUUCCCAUUUGAAAAGGGCUGCUUCAUUCCUUUUUGUUUCCUAAACAUGUGGUAAAAUAUGCCAGAAGAAAAGGUUUCCACCACAAGAGAUGAGAGCUUUUCCAAGCAGAAAUGAGCUAAGGGGAAGGCUUAUGAUUACUGUACAGCAAGUAUGCCACUUUUUAAAGAAUUAAAAAAUAUAUAUUUAGACAAAAACAA